CACACACACACACGGCUUGAUUCAACUUCGGUGUUAAGCUCCUCACAACCUCCAUUCAAUUCGAUCGGCUGCUCACUGAGCAACCGCAACCGCAACCAUAGCCAUGAUGAACAAGAAGCUAGGACGGUUCAAGCAAUGGGCCGGCGAGCGCAUGGGCGGCGAGGCGAAGACGUCCACGUCCGACGAGUUCAAGUCGUUGGAGAUGGAGAUGAACCUGCGGCAGGAUGGGAUGGACCGUCUCCACAGCACCAUGAGCGUCUACAUCAAGUCCAUGUCGAAGCGGAAGGAGAGCGACGAUAAAGAGAAGAUGUUGCCGGUCGACGUGCUCGCCCAGGCUAUGAUUGCUCAUGGAGAGGAGUUUGAGCAGGAUAGUUUGUUUGGCACUUGCCUUACCAUGAUGGGCCAGGCGAAUGAGAAGGUGGCCAGAGUACAGGAUUCCUACGUUCAGGCCGCGGGCGAGAGCUGGAUGGAGUCGCUGGAGAGAUCGUUGGCGCAGAUGAAGGAGUACCAGGCGGCCAGGAGGAAGCUCGAGUCCCGGCGACUGGCCUACGAUGCAACGCUAUCCAAGAUGCAGAAGCAGAAGAAGGAGGACUUCCGCAUGGAGGAAGAGCUGCGGGCCCAGCGCAUCAAGUACGAGGAGUCCAGCGACGACGUCUACCGCCGAAUGGGAGAGAUCCAAGAUUCGGAGGCAGAGUCGAUGGCGGAUCUCGGUGCGUUCUUGGACGCCGAGCUCGAGUACCAUGACCGCUGCAGAGAUAUCCUGGCGAAUCUGAGACGGCAGUGGCCGGCUGGUCAACCGAAAUCCAAGAACCGCUCCCGCUCGCUGACUGCCCACUCCUUCGGUAACGGCUCAAGGGAAGAGUCCCCCCCUCCGCCCAUGCCGGAGCCCGAGCAGCGCCCUGCAAUCGGGUCCCGCGUCAAGACGAGCGAUCGCGGCUCAUCGAACGGCGCUUUCCGCCUGCCCACCCCGGAGCGGGAGGACAAGGACAGAAAGCCGUCGUUCCACCGCACUCUAACGGCACCCACCUCUUCCUUCGAAGGCCCCACCACCUCCAACCGUCUGGCCCGCACGCGGUCCUCGGAACAGGCCGUUCUCCCUCCGCCGCUCCCCCGGAAUCGUCCCUCGGUCCAUGACGACGAGAACACCAGCCGAGACCGCUACGACCGCUACGACCGCUCCGAGUCUCCGGUAGCCUCCAUAGCCUCCAUAGGCUCCGGCUCGCGCGUCAUCUCCAGAUCCUCCAGCAACAACACCCUCUCGAACUCCUACAGCAACUCUGCUUCUGCGCGGAAACAGCCGCCGCCUCCGCCUCCUGCUGCCAGGAAGAAGCCGCCGCCACCGCCGCCGAAGAAGAUUAUGUCGUAAUGGUCGUAAUGGCACGGCAAUUGUAGGUGUAGGUGUAUGAAUCUGUAGGAUGAAUGAUGAAUUGG